UUUUCGCGUCAGCCCUCUAGCGGGAGCAGUUUAAUCACCUUCACAUUGCUAUGGCAACGUUUACAUAAACUAAAGUUGUGAAAUGUCAAAUACAGCUGAAUUUUUCAUUAAUCUUAAACAUUGGUAUUAAUUAUGUAAUGGAAUUUAAGUUAGAUAAACUCGAGUACUCUUAAUUAUUUAGAGUAUUUAUUAUAGAAGUAAUUACUACUUGUUUAAAGCAUAACUAAGAUUAAAAUGUGAAUAGUAUUCAGUUUUUCUACUUCUGACAGUUUGGAUAGAACCAGUAAAAGUGUAACAAUUAAAACGCGAUGACGUUGUACUUUGAUACUCGGGUACAAAAUCCUGAGACAGCUUCGAUAAGCACUCAUGCAAUAUGGCAUUCCAAUUAUCCCAUGUUGGCAGUUGCUGCAUACUCUCAAGACAGGGGUGGUUUUGUGACACUUUACGAUGAUCAAGGUGAACCUGUUCCAAAUGUAGAAUCACCGAGACAUUCUGUAGCUCAGGUGACUGCACUGGGAUGGCAUCCUGAGAGACGAUGGCUUGCAGCAGGGUGGGAAAGUGGAGAACUAAGGGUAUGGCCUGGUGAUACUGGUACCAUAGAAUUCAAUGUAAUAGUUACUCCACACCGUGAACCCAUCAAUAUUUUACAAUGGAGUCAACAUGGUGGAAGAUUAGUGUCUGCAGAUGCAGCUGGAUCUAUAGUUGGUUGGAAAAUAGAUUCCAGAGGUCAAUUGUUAAUGAUGUUCCACCAUGAGUUAAAAGAUACUUUUGCACAAAUCGUGUUUAAAACUGUCCCACCAAAACCUGCAAUUGAUAUUAGUGGUUUAGCUAAAGCAGCAGUCGCAGGGGAUGAGAGAGCUUUAGAUAUGUUCAGUUCUUGGCGCCCUAGAACAGCUGCACCAACAACAAUUGUCUCCCAGAGGGACAAUCAUGCAUUUUAUAUUGGUACCACAAGCGGUGUAAUAUAUUUUGUGGAUAAUCAAGGACAAUGUACAGAGGUUCUCAGUACAAGCGGCGCCACAUUACAGUUCCUCUUGCAUCAUCAGACUAGGGAUUCUAUCAUCAUUAUGACAGAAGGGUUGAAUAUAGGGCAUUUUCAAGCAGAUCCUAUCACCGGCCGUCUCAGUGAAUUGACUAGUGUGAAACUUAGCAGUAGAUGUGACAUAUCAAGAGUGAGUCUAUCAUUAUGUUGGGUCAGUGGAAACACUUUAGCGAUUCUUACAGGGGAUUUAGACAUUCGUUGCUUGGAUCUACAUAAUGGUGACACUUACGUAUUGAGUCCGCCGGAUUUAUCUGCAGGGAACAUUGCUACUCCCCAAGAAAUCUGCACAAGCAUAUCCUUCUGUAAAACAAAUGGUACUUUGGCAGCUGGAACAAAUUUGGGAACAAUUUAUUUAUGGAAACGCAAAGCUGAUAUGGACGCCGACGAAAAUGCUUGGUUACCUGUACCAGAAAUAUGCACCAUUCAUGGUACAGUAAAGCAACUCACAUGGGGCGCUGUUUACUUAAGAAGUCCGUUGCUGGCAGUCAACUGUAUCACUAACGUAUUUAUACUGCACCAGCAGCCAAUGUGUGCUGCAUACAGUGGUGGUAUUUGUGCGAGCCAGCUCAGCCCCACUCAGAUACUAAUAGAAGUUGAAAACUUCUCUUAUACAAUGAAAACAGAUAUUCGAGUACAGCUCGUCGCAGUUAAUAAAGAGUACAUCGCUGUUUCCUCCAGUAAACACGUAUCGAUAUAUAGAAUCCAUAAAGAAAACUCCUUGAACACUACAUGGAUAACAAACUUCAUUUGUGACACAGAGAAGCUUUUAAUUUGCGACCACACUUUGAUCAUUCUUACUCCCGUGGUUAUACAGUUGAGAUCAGUGGAGGGCACAGUUAUUCAGGAGCUACCAACGUUGCCAGAAGAAGGUGAACCGAUCACAAUGGAUCUGACUGGACAAUACCUAACAGUGGCGUCCUUGAAUGGCACAUUAAAAAUCUGGGAUUUGAGUAAAAGGGAAGCUAAGCUGCACACUAGAGCAAUGGCUCCUUACGAAGCCAUCAGUGACUUUGCCGAGAUCAUAGAGGCCAGAUGCAAUGCAGACUGUCGCUGCGUGUCCAUCACAGUUGCCAUGACGAACUUGAUGCCCAGUUCUAUUUUAUAUGUAUGGGACAUCGAAAGCGAUCAAAUACACGAGUUUGAUUUCGCAAAGUCUAACGACAUUGACGAAGAUGACACUGCACUAGCUGUAAAGUGUAGAGGAAGAUUAGUCACGGCUCACUGCUGGGAUGUAGAAGAUCCUAGGCUUUUGGUGUGCUGUGCUCAACGACUAGAAACACGGGACUCUAAACACUCCAAGCAGAACAAUGAAAACGAGUUCGAUGUCUCCACAGCUACUGUGAUUUUGGUAUCAAUGUUUGCCACAUCGGAUCACGGCAUUGUUGUUAAAGACAUAAUGCCAAUCAAAGAUGACAAUUGCAGAGUCCUGGGCGUUCAGACUCCGCACGUAAUCAUUUUAAACUCUGAGAAGACCGCGGAUAAGGCUAGUAAAGUCCAUAAACUGCUCAUGAGAGGCUUUGAGGAACUCAGCUUGUGCGAUUCGAUCACAAGGAAGGCUGUUUUAGACUUUAGCUUUUAUAUUAGCAUCGCAAAUAUGGAUGAAGCUUUCAAGGCGAUUAAAUCCAUAAAAAACGAGGGUAUUUGGAAGAGUCUGGCAAGAAUGUGCGUGAAGACGAAGCAACUGAACAUGGCACUUCUUUGUCUGGGCCAUAUGAAACAGGCUAGAGCAGCGAGAGCCCUCAGGGAAGCUAUGCAGGAUGACAGCUUAAAUCUAGAAGCCAAGGUGGGCGUAUUAGCUGUGGAAUUGGGUUUGUAUAACGACGCAGAACACCUGUUUCGGGAAGCUAAGAGAUUGGAUCUCUUGGGUAAGCUUUUGGAAGCUCGAGGCAAAUUCAAAGAAGCCAUAGAUCUCUCGAGCAACGAGAAUAAAAUUUGUGAGAAAACUAGCUAUUAUAAUUAUGCUAAAACUCUUGAGGCAGAGGGAAAAAUUUCAGAUGCGAUUGAAAUGUAUAGCAAAGCGGAUUGUCACAGAUUCGAGGUACCAAGGAUGCUGCUAGUAAGACCGAGGGAGCUUCUGUCAUAUUUGAACAAUUCCGACGACCCAGAAAUAAAAAACUGGCACGCACAGUACAUAGAAUCAACAGGUGAUAUGGAAGGUGCUCUGCGUUUGUACGAGCAAGCCAAGAAUACUUUAGCAAUGACAAGAUUACUUUGUUAUUUUGGCAAGGAGGAUGAAGUCAGCGAAUUGGUAUCGCGAACCAAUCACGCUGCAUCUGCAUAUCACUUAGCAGCGCACUACGAAUCAAACAACAACGUGACACAGGCCAUUCAUUUUUACACUAUCGCUAAAGCGUAUACAAACGCUAUUCGUCUGUGCAAGGAGCACGAUCUUUACGAAGAAUUAUGGCCUCUAGCAGUGUUGGCGCCGCGACAGUCCCAGAUAGAUGUUGCCAAAUAUUAUGAAGAGAAUGAUCAGCCGGAUAAAGCAGUUUUAUUGUACCAUAAAGCUGGCUUAUUGCACAAGGCUUUGGAUAUUGCGUUCAAGACAAGACAGUACAGUGCUCUGCAACUAAUCAUUAUGGAUGUUAAUGCGGAUUCUGAUCCUGCGUUGAUAGUGAAAUGCGCCGAGUAUUUUGUAGAAAAUGAUCAAAUCGAAAAAGCAGUGGACUUGCUCGCAACAGGAAGAAAAUACAUGGAGGCUUUGGAAUUGAUGCAACAGCAUAAUAUACUGUUGACCGAAGAUUUGGCAGAGAAGAUGACAUUAGACAAGAUCGAUAAUGAUCCAGAUCGCGAGAAGAUUCGUAUUUCUAUAUUAGAAAGAAUAGGCGAGACCGCUUUCGAGCAAGGCAACUAUCAUUUAGCUACGAAGAAGUUUACUCAAGCUGGCAAUAAGCUGAGAGCCAUGAAAGCGCUGCUGAAGUCUGGCGACACCGAAAAGAUCUGCUUCUUUGCCCAAGUCUCCAGGCAAAGAGAGAUCUACAUCAUGGCUGGCAAUUAUCUGCAGUCGUUGGACUGGCAAAACCAGCCAGAAGUAUUGAAAAAUAUCAUCAACUUUUACUCUAAAGGAAAAGCGAUGGACUUACUGGCAAAUUUCUAUGUUGCUUGCGCCCAAGUUGAGAUAGACGAGUUUCAGAAUUAUGAGAAGGCCUUGGAUGCAUUAAAUCAGGCCAGUAGGUGUCUUGCAAAGGUUGCGACGCCGAGGGAUCCGAAUAUUCAUAAAAGAGCCGUUGACCUGGUGAACACUAGGAUAGCUACAAUUAGACGUUACUUAGACGUCAAAAAGUUGUUUGAUAGGGGUGACACAGGGACUGCGAUGCAACAGGUGCGGCAUUUGCUCGAUUCUCAAGGCUCUGAUCUGGAGCAGUCUGUACGACGUGGAGAUUUGUUCGCCACUAUCACCCAGCAUUAUAUCAACAUAGGUGACACUGAUAAAGCGCGUGCUACUGUGGAUGAAUUAAAGCUUUUAGUACCUGGAAUUAACUUGAACUAUUACUACAACGUUAGCAUGCUCGAGGCACUUGGUUACAAAAUGAAGAUUCAUAGACAAGAGAGCUCUGAUAGGGAGGAAGACAUUGAGGAACUUUUGGGAGAAUAAAAUGAUGUUUCCUUAAGGAAAUUUUCCUCUUAUUACAGGUGAAUUUUUUAACACAAAAUGUAAUUUCUGUUUGAAUUUUCAAGACCAAUCCGUCCAGAAUUGUGAUAGUUAUUUGCCUAAAAUAAUUUAUACAAUAUCGUGUCUUAAGUGUAUAGUAAAAAUAUACAAGUAUCUUCUGAACAUUUAGAAAAAA